UUUUUUACACCUUCAUAAAUUAAAAAGGAAAAAAAUAUUUAAAUUUUCCCGUGCAAUAAAUAAAAACAAGUUCUUUCGCCUGCCAUGCGUACGGUUUGGUUUAGUGUUUCAUUCAAUUUUUUUUCAAAUUACUAAAAAUAAUUCAUAAAUAAUAAAAUAGUGUUCAAAAAAUAAAAUCUACAUAAUAUAUUCGAUCAAUAAAAACAGUUGCACAAAUAGGAAAUAAAUCGAUAUGAAAUCAACGUUUAUUAAUAUAUGUUUCAUUAUAAAGUGUUUAUAAACUAUAAUUAAAUUUAUUGCAUUCAUAUUUAUACGAGUACUUAUUAUAAACAAUACUACUUGCUGUGAGUUAUCAUCUGCUUUAAUGAACCUAACUUCUGCAUCGAUUUUUAAUGCUCGUCCUUGCCUUACUUGCCUUUUUGAAAAAAAACUUUUAACUUGGUAAAGAUUUAAAAAUUUUUACAGAAAGCACGCAAGAAAAUCAACGUUCAGGCAAGGGAAAGUGGUAAUGUUGUAGUGGCCUAAUGAGAUUUAUUACGACGCUGUUUCUCAUAUAGGCGCAUAAGCUUUUACGGCAUUUUUACGGAACACAUCACCAAGUAUCCAAACCAAGUAUCAGUAAAACCGAAUGUCUUACAUUUGACUCAGAAUCAAGAGAAAUAAAAAAGAAAAGCAAAUGUUGCUUCAGUUGUUGUGAUGCAUUAAAGUCAAGUGAAGUUGGGAAAAGUAGUGCUGCAGUGCGCAACUCGGUCGUAAUUAAAGCAACCAACCGACAACGCGGCAAUAAAACAAUUUAUAUAGAAUUUUGUAAUGAGUUUUGGUAUUCAAGGCAAUCUUUCCUACUGAUGCCCAUUGGAUGAAGUAUUUCUUCUUCUUCAUUCCAUACGUUACUCCGUGAAUUCAAGUGUUUUUUCUGGGUUCUAGAUUUUUCAAUAUUUAUUUCUCUAUUUUUGUGUUUCAAAUUUUAUUGUUUUGCAGAAAUUUUAAUUUAAGUAAAUGAAGAUUUUUACGAAAUUGAAAUAGUGUAAGACGAAGCAAACAAGUUUUUAAAAAGUAGUGUAUAGAAAAAACAUUACAAAAAAAAGAGAGAAAUUUUGAAGCGACAUAUUUUUUUCGCUAAGAGAAAAAGGAAAUCAGCAAAAAUUCCCGGCAACAAGUUGUAUUCGUUUGGUACCAUGGAAGGCGGUUAUAUUAAUGAAGGAGGUCAAUUAAAAACCAAAAAUGGCCAAAAGUAUGUAUUCAAUGGACGGCCAUCGGGAAUAUUUGUAUCGAGAACUUGUGCCAUAUUUACAGCCAUUAUAACGAUAUUGAUCCUAAUAUUCACUAUACUCAUAACGUAUUUUGUAACCGUGAAUACUGUGCCAUCCGGCUGCACAAAUGGCCAUUAUGUACCUAAUACUCAGAUAGCUGCACCGUUUAAUGUUAGCCCUGUGACUACGGCCAGUAUGUUGGGUAUGCCAAUGCCAAAAAAUAAAUAUCAAACAAUAUCAUCACCAGUAGGUGAUAUACCGCCAGAUAACGAUGUAUUCGGAGAGAAUAAAGGCAAAUUUAUUGAUCGAAAGUUACAACUUUAUGAAGGCUGGACGCCGCUACACUACAAGCUUGUAAUUGAGCCAACACUGCGGACAUCGACAAACAAUGGCAGCUUAGCGAUUCGUAUACAACGUAAUGCAAAUAUUACGACUUUCGAACCGAUUGUCUUGGAUGUAAACAAUAUUUCCAUAUCGAAUGUUCGAGUGAUAAGAUCAAAGAAUAAUCCGGAUGAAGAAGAAGCCGAACUGGAGUUCGAUAGUGAUUAUGGUUUAAAUAAUCAAACCUUUGUCGUAGUACUAAAUAAGGAAUUGGCUAAAGAGAAAAAUCUCACUUUGAUAUUAAGUAUGGAUUUUAUUAGUCAAAUUACUGAUACGCUACAGGGAGUUUAUAAGACAAGUUACGCCAAUGUACAGACUGGCAGAGAAGAAUGGAUGAUUAGCACUCAGUUUUCGCCGAUUGACGCUCGUCGAGCCUUCCCUUGCUUCGACCGACCUGAUAUGAAAGCCAAUUUUACUAUUAGUAUUAUAAGAUCAACGCGAACAUCAAUGGCUCUAUCCAAUAUGCCAGUCUAUCACAGUUCUAUUCAUCGCCCUGGCUUUACCAAAGAUGACUUUAUGACUACACCAAAAAUGCCUACAUAUCUUGUUGCAUUUAUCGUUUCGAAUUUGGUUAAAUCUCAUUAUUCGGAUCGUGAUACUUCUGCCAUACCUCGUGUUGAAAUUUGGACUAGACCUGAAAAUAAGGAUAUGACAAAAUAUGCCUACUACUUGGUGCGCAAAUAUUUGGAUUAUUUCGAAGGCUAUUUUGGCAUUGAAAAUCGUUUGCCAAAAAUUGAUUUAGUAUCAAUACCAGAUUUCGGUUUUGGUGCCAUGGAAAAUUGGGGUCUCAUAACAUUCAGAGAUGCUGCCUUGCUAGUACCGGAUGAUUUGGAAAAAGCUUCUUCAUCUGAACAUAUGGAAUAUGUUGCUAAAAUAAUUGCCCACGAAUUGGCCCAUCAAUGGUUUGGUAAUUUAGUGACACCGAAAUGGUGGGAUGAUUUAUGGCUUAAGGAAGGUUUCGCCUGUUAUAUGAGCUAUAUGGCCUUAAACUUUGUCCAUCCCGAAUAUGAAAUAUUAGAUAAUUUGGCAAUUUUUGAAUUUAAAUAUUCGAUGCAACACGAUUCAGAUAACAGCUCGCACGCUAUAGCGUUUGAGGUGAAAUCUACUAACGAUAUACGCAGAAUAUUUGACCCAAUAACUUAUUCAAAAGGUACCAUUCUCGUACGCAUGCUAAGUUCAAUAGUAGGUUAUGAUGCUUUUCGAAAUGCUACACAAGACUUUUUGAGCUCAUUAGCGUACGCAAAUGCAGAUCGUAAUGACUUAUGGGAAUUUAUGACAAAACAUGGUCAUUUGGAAAAAACUUUGCCUGAUGAUAUGACUGUUAAAACGAUUAUGGAUACAUGGAUCUCAAAACCCGGUUAUCCUGUCAUUACAGUGGAGAGAAGGGAUGCUGAUCUAAUUGUGACACAGGAACGUUUUAUGCUACCUUCGAGAAAUAUCUCAGAUUCAAGCAAGUGGAUUGUACCAAUAACUUAUGAAACGGAUGAAUUACACAAAGGCGACAACAUACCUACUCACUGGCUAAUGGAUAAUGGCCACGAAUUAGUUAUUAAUGAUAUUUUCACUUCAGACAACAAUUCGGAAAACGUUGUAUAUUUGAAUUUAGACCGUCGAUCUUAUUACCGCGUUAAUUACGAUAUGCCUUCUUGGCUGGCGCUAAAAAAGAAGUUUACCUCUCUGCCACGUGUCACUAGAGCUCAGCUUAUGGAUGAUGCCUUACAUUUGGCGCAAGCAGAAUAUCUUACUUAUGAUAUUCCAUUGACAUUUCUUUUAGAGUUAUUUACAUCGACCGAUGAUGAGCUACUGUGGUCUGCAGCACAAAAAGGUUUGGAGUAUUUGAUUUUCAUGCUAAGUCGGGAACCGGCGUAUGAAACAUUUAGGGCUUUUAUGAAAUUCAUUGUUAGACCUGCUUUCGACCGUUACGGUCUACAGGAGCCAGACAAUGAAUCCCAUAUUCAGCUACAACAUCGCGCAUUAGUUUCACGUCUGGCAUGUAAAUUCAAGUACGAUCGUUGCUUUAAUGCAGCUCACAACAAAUACCGAGAAUGGAUGGCUAAUCCCAAGGCAAACUUCAUUACUCCCAACAUGAAACCCACCAUUUACUGUACCGCCUUAGCCGAAGGAUCCUUCCAGGAAUGGUAUUUCGCGUACAAGCAAUAUAAACGAACAACAAGCGCUUCCGAGAAAGAACAAAUUUUAUCAUCUUUGGGUUGUACUACAAAACCGUGGUUAUUAUCUAAAUAUUUAAAUAUGACUCUCAGUUCGACUUCAGGCAUAUUGAAGCAAGAUGGAACACAGGCAUUUAGGGCUGUUGCCGAAAAUCCGAUAGGCUUUGAAAUUGCUUUCGAUUUCCUGCAAACAAACAUCAAAGAAAUCGCUGAAUAUUACGGUGAUGGUUUCUCAACGUUAACUUCAAUGAUCAAAUCGGUUACUACUUAUAUGAAUAAGGAUUAUCACAAGGAACAAUUGGAACGUUUCAAGGAAAGGGCCCAGAAAUUAGGCUUAAAAUCUGUAACUACUGCCAUUCAACUGGCAGUAGAACAAGUGAAGAACAAUAUUUAUUGGCGCAAUCGGUCAUAUUACAGUCUGAAAGGUUUUCUAGAAGCCAUUGUUAGUGAAUUCCAAAUCAAUAUUUUUUAAACUAAUACCAACGAUUCUAAAUGAAAAAAGAAAGUAUAAACAAAAUCUAUCUCCAUUUUAGUGAAUAAUUUUUAAAACGAAAAAUUUUUGCACAGAAUUAAGUGUUUGCAAGCAAGCAUUAAGUGAUAUAAUUUUAGUUUUUUCAUAAAUUUUCAUUUUUAUUAUUUUUUAUUUUUUUUGAAAGUAUUCGGGCUUUUUAAGCUACUCGUGUAAAGUUUUCAAAUUAAAUCAUAAUUUAUUGUUUAACAUUUUUAUAUGAUUUUAAAACGUUUAAUAUCAGUUUUAUUAUGAUUUAAGCUGUGUUCGUUCCUAUAUCAAAUGAGAAAAAAAAAGUAAUACUAAGAACCAAUCAAUAUUUCGAAAUGAGAGGUUGAAUCAAAGCCGUUCAUUCCUUCGUUCACAAACAUUAUUUUAAAAAAUUUAAGAAACAAGCAAUAUAGUAUUUGAGCAAAAAAAAUUUUCUCGUAAUCUUGUGUUAAAUCAAUGCAAUACACAAAACCCAAAAUGAAAAUCACAAAACAAAAAGAAAAAUCAAAUAAUCUAGUUAACUUAAUACAUAUGAAAAACUAACUGCCCCUUACAAUGAAAUACCAAGAAACAGGUAAUAAAUUUUAUUAUAGCGAGUAAAAAAAAAAA